GUCGGAGCAGAGAAGAGACAGACUGUUUGUUUCGUUUUCCCGGAAAGCAGAAAGAUAUUCCCGGAAAAUGCAGAGUCCCGAAGACAUUCGCAACCUCCCCAUAGACAUUACGUUUUCUCGUCUCGGAGAGUGGCUGGGUGAUCGGAAGAGAAUACCGGCGGAUUGGCGGAAGCGAUUGGCCGUUGUUAGAGCUCACAUCGCCAAGGAAUUCGCUUCGCUUCCCAAGGAAAUCGAUCCCUAUUUCCAGACCUUAGACUCUGAAGGGAUCAGUUACAUAGAGGCCAAAAAAAUAUAUGACAUACUUCUGAAGUCUACUCCGGAGAGCCGGAAUAUAUUUGGCCGGCUAUCAGGUGCUGCUGGUGCAUGGGAGGCAAUUGUGCGUUCGUUCGAGAAGGAUUACAUUUACCUUGGUGAGGCUGCUCAGAUAAUGGUUCAGAAUGUGAAUUAUGAGAUCCCGUACCAGAAAAAACAUGUGCAGAAGGUUCAACACCAACUAGCAGAGCUGGAGCGCAAGGAAGCUGAUAUUAAAAGAAAUUCAGCUCUGUCAGCCACCAAGUAUGCAGAGGCUUGCCAAGAGCUUGGGUUGCAGGGACAAAAUGUGAGAUUUGAACUUCUAGAGACUGCAAAAUCACUUCCAAGCACCUUUGGCAGCAUUUUGGAAGUGCUACAAAGUGAUUCUGUGUCGAGGGCUAUGGAAUAUUACUCAAACAUUGUUAAAGAUGUUCAUACUGAAAACGAUAAAUCUGCGACCGUGUUGCUUCAUUUGAGAGAUAUACGUGAACAUCCUCCUUCUCUGAAUGUUUCUCUGGCCUCUGAGAUUGUUGAUUCUGUGAAUGUUCAGUCAAAAUAUAACGAGUUAAACACAGACGCCAUAGUUAACGAGGAUCAUAUUGAUUGGGAUAUUUCUGUUGACAGUUCUCAGAUUGAUUGGGAUAUUGGAACUGUAGAAGAAACUGAGGAUGCUGGUAACGGUUUGGGCCAAUAUGAAAUAGUGAAUGCCAGUGAGAUCUUGCAGAGUUCUUUACCAAAUGAAGCAGUGGAAUCUGAUCAAAUCCCAUCAAAUAAAGAAGUAGAUGGCUUGCUCGCAGAGAUUUCUGUGUCAGAUAUAGCUUGGGAUGUAAGUGUAGAAACUCCUCAAGUUGAUGUAAUUGACGAUGUCCGUUUGACAAAUAUUGGUUCCGAAAAUCAAACAUAUGUUCUUGAGAAUUUAACUCAACCUACUGGGACAAAGGAAGAAAGGAGCCAGCUUUUGGAGACAGAGUAUAGGAAUCAGAUUCUUGACGACCUUUAUGAGAUCAAAUCGUUUUUAAAUCAGCGGCUGAUGGAGUUAAAGAGUGAAGUAACUUUGUCUUUGCAACAUCAAGUCCAGGCAGUUGCUCCCUUCGCGCUGCAGCAAUAUGCUCCCGAUGCCAUUGAGACCAUGUUAUCCGAUGUUUCGUUGGCUAUUUCCUUUCUGACAGACAGGAAAACACGAGACUUGAUCAUGAUACUCAACUCCAAAAGAUUUUUAGAUAGACUGGUCAGCACACUGGAGGAAAAGAAGCAUCAUGAAGUGAAGUUGAAAGAGGGUCUGAAGGAUAUUGCUACGAAACGCAUGGAGCUGCAGAAUUCGUUGUCUUCAUCCUGGCCAAAGCAGGAAGCAGCUCUUUCAAAAACAAGGGAGUUAAAGAAGCUAUGCGAGAGUAUCCUUUCAUCCAUGUUUGAUGGAAGACCUGUUAACAUCAUUGGGGAGAUAAAUACUCUUUUAAGUAGCAGCCUUGGUUCAUAAGGAAGAUGUUUGCCUAUGAUGACAAGAAAACCUUUAAAUUAUGGUCGAGUAGUCUCUAAUGUAACUCAAGUGAGACCAUCAUCCUUUUUAUUAAUAAAUUAUAUCUGGUGCUUUCUUACC